CUCCCUCCCCCUCCGUAGUCCCUCUCUCUAACCAGAGCUCGACCCAGUACGAAUUGGUGGUUCCAGUUCACGCCUGUUCGAAAAAGCUCCGAUUUUGCAGCGUGGUUCCGACGCUGAUUGGCGGGCGCGGCGAACCCAGUGGCCCAGGACCGGCUUUUUCGUCAAUCGGAAAGGGAAAAAUAUUCCUGUUAAAGUGGGCAAGAUGUCGUUAGACCCCCAUACUCAUGAGGAUGUCACGCAUGGCUCUAGUGAUAUAAACAAAUCUCCCUCAGGUAGCCAGAGAUCAAUACUUCCUGGUGCAGUUGACUUUGAAGGAGCCCGAUCCAGUGGUUUUGAGUGCAAUAUAUGCCUAGACUCUGUGCAAGAUCCUGUGGUCACGCACUGCGGCCAUCUGUACUGCUGGCCUUGCAUCUACAAAUGGCUUAAAGUUAAGGAUACUUCUGCUAAAGAGCUAGAAGAGCAGCAGCCGCAUCAAUGUCCUGUGUGCAAAGCCGAGGUUUCCUACACAACUCUAAUUCCACUCUAUGGCCGUGGCCGAACUAGCCAACUGUCCAAAAAUGAGGGUCGAGAUCUGGGCAAUGUUGUGCCCCGUAGACCACUUGGUCUGGUUGGCGGGUCCAGCAUGCCAGGACAGAUCAAUGCUACCUCAAGUCCUCUCCUAACACAACCACCUUAUGGUGGACAUUUCUCUCUUCAAUCACAACCAUACUAUUCUCAAGCUCAAUUAUUGCAUCACUCGGUUUCUCCUAUGCUUAGUCUAAGUGGCACAGCCACAAAUAUCAUCUACCCCAUAGUUGGUAUAUUCGGUGAAAUGGUGUAUGCAAGGCUUUUUGGGAACUCGGUAACAAACUUAUACACUUAUCCAAACUCGUACAGCAUGGCCGGAAGCAACCCUAGGAUGAGGAGGCAUGUAUUGGAGGCCGAGAAGUCGCUCAGCAGAAUAUGUUUCUUCCUCCUAUGUUGUAUUCUGCUAUGUCUGCUUCUAUUCUGAGUUAGAUUUUGUUUUUCUUCAUUCCAUUUUGAUGUCAAUGAGAUUGUGAAACAAAUAUAGGCACAGUCAGGUACGCCGGGUUUUUAGGUAGUCGCAUUUCCUGAGCUGCAAUACAUGUAGAGUUCCUAGUUUGGCUUGAUGAAAGGUCAAAAAACAUUAUGCCUACGCCGCUUGUAACUUCUGAGAUAUGGAAAGAAUUUUUCUCA